UCAUCCCCGCCCCGAUCAACACUCUUUCUCUCCUUUCUUUUCUUUUAACCCUCCCACCAUCCUGCCGGAACUGAGACGGGAGAAUCGUAUGAGCUUUGCAGCCUCAUUCUUUCAAUGUCUGCUGAUUUUUUUGGAAUUUAUUUUAUAUUAUAACCAUAUAUCAUUACAUAACUGAAAAUGAGUCAAAACAUCUUUCGUUUGACCAAGACGACCUGACAUUUUACGGAAAACUACUCAGCACCUCUAGAGCUCCCGCUCAUUAACUACUCUACACACACACAAACACACCUCUCUCUCUCACACACACUCACAUACACAAACACCACACGUACACACACUCCCAACACGUCUGCCAUGCGGACAGUGUAAUCCUCUCUACCCAGCUGCUGCCCACCUGAGGCAGUCCUCCAACCCCCCACUUAUCCCCUCAACUUGACUGAAAUGGCAGACUCCAACCCCUCCUCCCCAGCGGACUCCCCCAUGCCACUGCCCUCCCCCCGCACCCCUCUGGCCCUGUCCUUCCCUUUCCUGAGGGAGGGCAGCAGGGUGUGGGAGAGAGAGAGGAAACCCCCCCAGCCUGGAGAGUUGCCCAGCCCCCUGCCCACCAAGCGUACCCGCACAUACUCAGCGACCGUGCGGGCUACGUCAGGCCCUGUGUUUAAGGGUGUGUGUAAGAACUUCUCCAGGUCACAGGGUCACGGCUUCAUCCGGCCCUCCCAUGGUGGGGAGGACAUCUUUGUUCACAUCUCUGACAUUGAUGGGGAAUACGUCCCGAUGGAGGGAGAUGAGGUCACCUACAAAGUCUGCCCCAUCCCUCCCAAGAACCAGAAGAUACAGGCAGUGGAGGUGGUCCUCACACACCUGACCCCAGGGAUCAAACAUGAGACCUGGUCUGGACAGAUCAUUAGCUCCUAAGCUGCUGUAGGGUUUGAGGGUUUGGGGACCUUGUGGGUCUCAAGGUAGGAUCUGGAGGUCUGGAGACCUUGGAGGUUUGAAGGUAGUCUUGGGGUCUGGGGACUGAGUCUGGUGUCUGGAUGCUGGGGCUGGAGGGAGGGAGGGAGGGAGAAGAGUGAAUGGUGAAGAAAGGGAGAUAAGAAGGAAAAGAAAAAGGGACAGGAACCAGAGGAUGGAGUAAAGACUUUAAAAAGCUAUAGAAUGUAGAAAGGUCUUGAGAAUGUGUGACAAAAGUAAGAAGAAAGGAGCAGUUUCGGUUUUGCUGUGUUUGGAUUGGUUUUCUAGUCGUGAAACGACAGUUGGUGGUAUUAGGGACAACUGUGAAAACCAAUGAGCAGCAAACCUUCCUAAAUUAUAUUGUUUUACGUUAGAUUUGUUUAUUAUUUAUUUGGAAACAUAUUUAUUCCAUUAUCUAUUACAGGGAAUGUAGGUUGUGCUAGUAAUGAGCAUUUACUGAUAAAUUGUACCAAUCUAAGCCUGGCAUAAUCUACUGUACUAUACACACACUCCUAUGAUAGUGCCCUGAUUCCACUCGGUACAUGAUCUUUCAGGAUUGAAUAUGCUUAGCUCAUGUUUAGCUCAUGCUUAACUCUGUAAAAAAGGCACUUAUUAAUAUACAAGAUUACGUAUCCAUUUUACGUUUGUAAAAACCCCAUGACGUCCCACCUAAUACAUGUUCUGUAUGCACACUGUUGUGUUCAGUAGUCUUUGAAACAUGAAUUUAAUGUUUCACCAUGCACUAAUAUUCUAAUAAAUUGUCUUGUAAUCUCUAUGUAUCCUAACUGACAAGUUUGAUUUUCAUCAUUGUUUUAAUAUACUUUAAGACACAGUAAUAACAUAUGUUUCGUUCAUAAACAGGUUGUUCAUAAAAAGUACAUGUGUUUCACAUGUACUUUUGUGUAGAAUCAUUGUGAAUGCUGUAAUUUUGUUUUAUCAUGUGAAUAACAUUAAAAUAAAAAAGUUACUACUGUA